AGACAUCUGAACAGCUGACCCCUGAGGAGGAGCCUGAGGAGACAGAAACCUGGGCCAAGCCUCUGAGCCAACUGUGGCAGAACCGACCCCCAAAUUUUGAGGCUGAAAAGGAAUUCAAUGAGAGUAUGGCCCAGCAGGCCCCUCACUGCGCCGUCUGUAUGAUUUUCCAGACUUACCAUCAGGUUGAGUUUGGAGGCCUUAAUCAGAACUGUGGAAAUGCUCCAGAUUUAGCCCUCCAGAAGCAGAGGACCAAGCCAUUGAUUCCAGAAAUGUGCUUCACCUCAACUGGCUGCAGCACGGACAUCAACCUUUCUACUCCCUACCUUGAGGAGGAUGGCACCAGCAUUCUAGUUUCCUGCAAGAAGUGCAGUGUCCGGGUCCAUGCCAGUUGCUAUGGAGUCCCCCCUGAAAAGGCUUCUGAAGACUGGAUGUGUUCUCGGUGUUCAGCCAAUGCCCUGGAGGAGGACUGCUGUUUAUGCUCAUUACGAGGAGGGGCCCUGCAGAGAGCAAAUGAUGACAGGUGGGUCCACGUUUCAUGUGCUGUGGCAAUUUUGGAAGCAAGGUUUGUCAACAUUGCAGAAAGAAGUCCGGUGGACGUGAGCAAAAUCCCCCUGCCUCGCUUCAAACUGAAAUGUGUCUUCUGCAAGAAGAGGAGGAAAAGAACCGCCGGCUGCUGCGUGCAGUGUUCUCAUGGCCGUUGCCCAACUGCUUUUCACGUGAGCUGUGCCCAGGCUGCCGGAGUGAUGAUGCAGCCGGACGACUGGCCUUUUGUUGUCUUCAUUACCUGCUUCCGGCACAAGAUUCCUAAUUUGGAGCGUGCCAAGGGCGCCUUGCAGAGCAUCACUGCAGGCCAGAAAGUCAUUAGCAAGCAUAAGAAUGGGCGUUUCUACCAGUGUGAGGUGGUCAGGCUCACCACUGAGACCUUCUAUGAAGUCAACUUUGAUGAUGGUUCCUUCAGCGACAAUCUUUAUCCUGAGGACAUAGUGGUAAUGUCUGCAAGGAGCUUCUUGGGCAGUUUGGGAUGGGGAAUGUCUCUAGUUCUGGCUGGCAGACUGGCUAUGGGUCUGCUUGCCUUUUCUAGCCAUGUCCCAUGGCUCCAUCAGUCGGUCCCCAAACAGAAAGGUCCCAUGGCUCCAUCA